CAACACAUUCACUGUGAUUAUUUGACACUUAAUCUUUUAAAGGUUUACCUGGUGAGCUGUACCUACGUAUUUUAAAAAUGAUGAUAGUUCCUCUGAUAGUCUCCAGUGUAAUAACAGGAACUGCGUCACUUCACCCAAAAGUCAACGGAAAAAUUGGAAUGGUUUCAUUUGUUUUUAUAUUUGUAACAAAUGCUCUGGGCACAGGUCUUGGUGUUGUAUCGUUCUACGUUUUUCGACCCGGUGCAGAAAGUGGAAGAGACAAAGUUCAAUCCGCUUUUGUAACGAAGCCUUUAGAGACGCAAGAUAUAUUUGCUGACAUGCUUAGAAACAUAAUACCUGAUAACCUAUUCGAAGCAACGUUUCAACAAACGCUGACAGAAUACAAAUACAAUGACAGAGUUAACACAACGUCGGGGAAUUCAUCUUUUGUCAUUGUAGGAAAGACGCUUGGAAGCACUAGUGGACCAAAUUUACUCG